CAUCUCUCCACAACAAUCGAUUUGUAACAAUUUCCCAUAAAUUACUGAACCGAAUCGGGACCGGUUUGAUUAUAUGCAUUAACAAGUUUGUAACCGGAACAAAACCAGACCAAAUUGCUCAAACAAUUUUCCAGAACCGGAACUAGUAUUUGUCGUUUACGUCGUACCGACAUUGGUACGCUAAUCCCAGAUUUAAUCGGAAUUGUGUCUUAUCUCUCUAACAACAAAAUUGUUGUUACCUUCCCAUUAGUCAUCUUGUAAAUUCUUCGAAUCUGAAAUCCGAUCGGGCUCGCUUGUUCUGAUUUCGUGAGGGUGAACAUGGAUGGAAACAAAGACGAUGCGUUGAAGUGCUUGAAAAUCUGCAAAAGUGCUAUGGAAGCUGGAGAUCGACCUCGCGCUUUGAAAUUCCUGGCUAAAGCUCGUCGUCUUGAUCCAAAUCUCCCGAUCGAUGAUCUCGUAUCUGAGCUUAACAACAACAAAUCAGACGAACCAGGAUCUGCAAAAUCGCCUGGAUCUGCAGCAGCAAAGGAUUCUUCCAAUUCUUCAGAUCGGCCUUCUUUACGUCAACGUGGAUCGUCAACAACGUCAUCGUCUUCUUCGAUGUCCUACACUGAAGAACAGAUCUCAAUCGUGAGAAAGAUAAAAUCUAAAAAGGAUUAUUACGAGAUCUUAGGUCUUGAAUCCAACUGUUCAGUGGAUGAUGUGAGAAAAGCUUACCGGAAACUCUCAUUGAAAGUUCAUCCAGAUAAGAAUCAAGCUCCUGGUUCAGAAGAAGCUUUCAAAUCCGUCUCCAAGGCAUUUCAAUGCUUGAGCAAUGACGAAGCUAGGAAAAAAUACGAUGUAAGUGGCUCCGAUGAACCAAUCUAUCAACCACGUCGAUCUGCUAGAAGUAAUGGAUUCAAUGGUGGAUACUAUUACGAAGACGAAUUCGAUCCCAACGAGAUUUUCCGAAGCUUCUUCGGUGGAGGAGGAUUCGGUGGUGGAGGAAUGCCUCCUGCGACUGCUCAAUUCCGAUCAUUUAAUUUCGGAGCUACUCGUCAGAGAACAGCUAAUAACAAUCAAGCACCUGAUGCAGGUUUCAAUGCUCGUAUACUUCUCCAGCUUCUUCCUGUUGUCUUCAUACUUCUGCUCAACUUCAUGCCUUCUUCUCAACCAGUUUACCAACUCUCUGCAACUUAUCCUUACCAGUACAAGUUCACUACACAGAAAGGUGUCAAUUACUUUGUGAAAUCGUCUAAAUUCGAGCAGGAUUAUCCACGAGAUAGCAACGAUCGACACACGCUGGAAGAACAAGUUGAGAGAGAUUAUGUGUCUAUACUUAGUCAGAAUUGUAGGUAUGAGAUGCAGAGGAAACAAUGGGGAUUUGUUCGUGAAACGCCUCAUUGUGACAUGAUGAGGAGAUUUGAUACAGCUGCUGCUUGAAACAACUGAAGCUAGUACCAACAAUGAGGCACACAUUGGUAAUGAAUCAUCAGCUUAUAAAACUUUUAUAAUGUCAAUGCCUUCACGAGUCAAACUGGUAUAUGUUUUUGUUUUCUUUUGUUUUGGAUUAUAAUGCUUUAGAACCUAACAUACGAUCUUUGGAUUUUGUGUGAUUAUCUCUAUGUUAAGAUUUUGCUUUUGCUAACC